AUGUCGAUCGGGGUAGAAGCGCUUCCAAAACUUGAAUUCACCGAAGCAUUGAAAGAUUCUCCAAGAUUCAGGCAAGCGAUUUUAGCACAUGAGCAAUACUUCACCAAGUUGGAUUCAAAACUUACUGAGGUAUUGCAAUUACUUAAUGCCUUGGCAGAACAUGGCAAGAAUUAUGUAAAUGAUUUUUACACUUUAUCAAUUGUUAUCAGUCAGUUAUGUUACGAGUUAUUGCCACAAGAUCCAUCACUUUUGUUGGCACUCAAAUCAUUAUCGGAUGUUUUCGCGCAAGUUGCACAUAUCUACAAGUCAUUUGUUGAACAAUCCCAUUUGACUAUUGCUGAUAGCCUCAUUUCUUUCCUCAAAAAUGAACGGUCGAAAGUAACGGAAACGCGUUGUCAUUUUGAAAGUUUAUCGAAUUCGCUGGAUGAAGCACUUUCAAAGCGUGCUGCGGUGCAUCGUGCACGACCAACAGAUAUUGCAGAUGCGCGAAAUGCUCUUACUGCUGUUGGUACAUGUUUUGCACAUACUGCACUCGAUUAUGUAGCUCAGAUAAAUAUCGCUCAUGCACACAAAGACCACACAGUUCUAAAUGCUUUAUGGUCCUUUGUUAAAGAAUGUAGCACAUUUUUUGUACGUGGACAUAUGUUUUUUGAUGAAUGGACAGCAGUUGAAAGUGGUGCAAUAGCUGAUACCUCAUCAUUGCUGGCUAAUAAAAAUAAAUAUGUGAAAAGGAAGAUGCAAGAUCGUCAUGCUUUAGUACCUAAGGAAGUAUUUUUGCAUCCGACAGGUAUCUCUCCAGAAGAUGAUGUUGUAAUGGAAGGUUAUCUUUUCAAACGAGCUACCAAUGCUUUCAAGACAUGGCAUCGACGUUGGUUUCAAAUUAAGGACAAUAAAUUGAUAUAUUCUCAUCGAUCUGAUGCAGUGGAGAAGCCAACAAUUAUGGAGUCGGAUUUGAAGUUGUGUCUUGUCAGGCCAGCGCCUACAACAUUUGAAAGGACAUGUUGUUUCGAAUUAGUCACGCCAACAAAAAAUCAUUUGUUACAAGCCGAUUCGGAUACGUUAUGUAGUGCAUGGAUGCGAGCUCUUCAACGAACAAUUCAUUACUUACAUGAAAAUGAUGAUACGAUGUUCCAGCAAACAACUGUAAAACAAAUUAGCGAUGGAACUCCCGAAUCUGUUUUAACUCUACACUGUGAAUCAUUAUUGGCUGAGUUAAGACGAAUUCCAGGCAAUGACGUUUGCGCUGAUUGUUGUGUCGAAUCUCCAAAAUGGGCUAGUAUCAAUCUCGGUGUUUUAUUGUGUAUUGAAUGUUGUGGUAUACAUCGAAGCUUUGGUGUACAAGUUUCGAAAGUUCGUUCUCUAAUAAUGGAUACAUUAGAAGCGGAGCAGAAAAAGGUGUUACUAGCAUUAGGAAAUUGCGCAGUAAAUUCAAUCUACCUUGCUCAUAUUCCCACUGUGAAAGUAAUACCACCACGACCUGUUGCUGCCUCUGCCAGACCAGUGCGAGAGGCAUGGAUUAGAGCUAAAUACAUUGAAAGACGGUUUGUUAGAAAAUGCAGCGAAAGAGCAAGAAAAUCUGCCAUCAAACGCGCAAAAGCAGCGCAGCGAUCUCUCUUAAAUCGAGUUUCUUCAGUCAGUCGUUGUUUAUCAGAACCACCGCCGUAUUUUGAUAAUGAACAAGAACAAUUAAACGGAUAUUUUUCUGAUACUGGAUGGAAACCCAUUGAAAUUCCGAUUAAAGAAGGCAGGAGAAAGAUCCCCGUAAGUGGAUCUGAUUCAAAUUUGAAUAUAACACAUGAUAAAUUAAGUGACACUGACCACAAUAAUCGAGCUGUAUUUGCUGCAGCAACGGGCGAUGUUUUAGAAUUGUGUCGACUUAUUGCGGAAGGGUUCGAUGUGAAUACUUCUAUAAAUGACACAACAGCACUUCAUAUCGCCAUAGAACAUGAUCAAAGUAUAGCAGUAGAGUUUCUCCUAUUAAAUGGUGCAAAAGUAAAUGCAUUGGAUUCAUCUCUUAACACUGCACUUCAUAUCGCUGCAACGAAAGCGUGCACACUAAUCGUUUGUCAGUUAAUGAAACGUGGAGCCGAUCAGCGCUUGAGGAAUCGAUUAAACGAAACACCUUUGGAUCUAGCUAUCGAAGGCAAACAUGCGGAUAUUGUGACUCUGCUCCGAGUACAAGAAAUGCGCGAUGAAUUUUGCGACGAAUUCAAUAAUCCGAUGGACGAAACUGUAGAUGAUGUGAUGCAAGAUAUCAGCCGAAAAGUCGACCCUUCGCUUCGAUAA